AGUGGGGCACGAGGCUGCUGAGGAGCAGCGGCGUGAAUGCGCGUGCUGCUGUCGACGCCCACCGGCUCCUCCUCCAGCUCCUCCCUCCACCGCUCCAGCCCACUCCUCCACCUCCUCACCUCCAGCUCCCUCCUCCUCCACGCUGCACAGAGCUCCGACGCAGCGCCAGGCUGUCGGCCAUGUGGGAAUCUCUCCUCAUAGUGGCUCUCGCUUGACUCCGCGCUGGUGAAGAUGCCGGCGCUGCAGCCUUUUCAUCGACGGCCGGCGGCGCUCUGCUAGGAGACGAAGCCAGCCGAUCUGCGCUGCCUCCGUCAAAGCGAGCUUUUCUCAGAAGAACUCUCCGGUGCCACUUUGUCCAGGACGCGCUCACGUGGGCCACCUGUGGAACAGGAGCAGCCUCCACUCGACCAGCGCCGCCGGGAACCAGGAGCCAUUUCCAGUAAUUCACUCCUCUGAACAGCGGCAUCGAGGCACCGACGCCGCUCUGUCACACGGACACUGAACAGCUGUUGCGUUUGCCAUCGAGUCGCAGCAGAAGAAGCGGCGCGACACAUUCACGGCAGCGACUCAGGAUGCCCAGAAACUUGUUUGCAUCAAAGCGCCUCGUACUUAGCAACAGCCGAGGAUGAGAGACGCUGCCAUGACCCACCUGUGUGUUUUUCACCUCGUUGGAGAGACGAGCACCACGAGGGGGGGUCGGCGGGAGGGAGAGGGGAGGGGGGGAGAGAGCCACAGAGGGAAGGUGUGAGUGAGGACGAACGGCAGUGAGGCUCAGCAGGACACGGAGGACGCGGAGAGAAGUGAGUGAAGACGGAGUCCAGCAUCAGAGGCGCUGGCUCGACGCCCGUCGCUGCUGGAGGAGAGGGGGAACUUUGACGCUGCCACCAUCAGCACCAUGGAUCUUGCAAACCACACUUUUGAAAACACAUCGUGUGUCCAACCGGCUCCUCACAGUGUCUGGGAGUCUAUAACCAUCGGGACGGUGUCGGCAAUUGUCAGCUUGAUUACUAUCGUUGGAAAUGUGCUGGUCGUGCUGUCCUUCAAAGUCAACAGCCAGCUGAAGACUGUAAACAACUAUUACCUGCUGAGUCUGGCCUUCGCCGACCUCAUUAUCGGAGUGUUGUCCAUGAACUUAUACACCACAUAUAUACUGAUGGGUUACUGGUCCUUGGGGAACAUUGCAUGUGAUCUAUGGCUUGCAGUGGAUUAUGUAGCCAGUAACGCCUCAGUUAUGAAUCUACUCGCCAUCAGCUUCGACAGAUACUUCUCCAUCACGAGGCCGCUGACGUACAGAGCAAAGAGGACCCCCAAGAGAGCUGCCAUCAUGAUAGGCCUUGCGUGGCUGGUGUCGUUUGUCCUCUGGGCACCACCCAUUCUGUGCUGGCAGUACUUUGUAGGUAAAAGGACGGUGCCCAUGUGCCAGUGCCAGAUCCAGUUUUUGACCGAGCCUGUGAUCACGUUUGGCACCGCCAUUGCUGCGUUCUACGUCCCAGUCUCUGUCAUGACUAUCCUGUACUGCAGGAUCUACAAGGAGACACAGAAGCGCACAAAGGACCUGGCAGAGCUGCAAGGGCUCGCGACAGAAGAUGCUCCACACGGAAAGAAGCCACAAAAAACUGUGAUUAACUCCUGCUUUCAUUUCACCAGAGAAAAGCGAGCGCGCAGUCAGGCCUCCUGGUCGUCCUCUAACCAAAGCAACGCCACCAAGACGACCACUCAAACGGACGACGCUUGGGCCAAAGCGGAGCAGGUCACUUCCUUUAACAGCUACACCUCGUCUGAGGAGGAGGAGCACCACGUUUCAAUGGAGACGCCGCAGGGAUCCUUCAAAGAUCCAGGCAGAAGACAGAGCAGUAAGAAUGGGCAGGUGAAGGAUUACGCAGAAAAUGAGUAUUUUUCCCCUCCUCCGAAGAAAAACUAUAAAAAGUGCAUCUCCUAUAGGUUGAAUCCUGGCUCAAAGGGUAAAAAUGGCAACUCAGCACCGACAACGCCCUGCAGAGCUCAAGCGGCGCAGCCUGACAGGAAUGCCUCCCCCUCCUCCUCCACCACCUCCAAAUCCAUGGACCCGGCCCUGAAGAACCAGAUCACCACCAGGAAGAGGAUGGUGCUGGUGAAGGAGAAGAAGGCGGCGCAGACGCUCAGCGCCAUCCUGCUGGCCUUCAUCCUCACGUGGACGCCGUACAACAUCAUGGUGCUCAUCUCCACCUUCUGCGCCGACUGCAUCCCCACGUCCCUCUGGCACCUGGGCUACUGGCUGUGCUACGUCAACAGCACCGUCAACCCCAUGUGCUACGCCCUCUGCAACAAGACCUUCCAGAAGACCUUCCGCAUGCUUCUGCUCUGCCAGUGGAGGAGGAGGAGGAGGUGAGGACAGCGGAGCUGGACGACCAAAGCCACGCGUCAACCAUACGCUGACUGGAUGCGGUUCUGCUGAACUCUAUAUGUCCUGUAGUCAGUGGACCACUGCAUGUGAUGUAGCGCUGAGGCAGAUUAUUAGAGAAUGGAAACCUGGUGAGACGUGGCAACACGUUCUCAUUCAUAUUACUUAGGAGGACCAGUUUUACACAUUCAGCCUGUUUACGGGUCCUUCUAAAAAGCCCGCUUGGCUUCAUGGUGAGAAUUUAACCUAAAUCUGUGACAUUUGGAUCUAAAUACAUUGAAUUAAAAUGUUGCAGACAUAUACAACACGGUUUCAUGAACAAGUAACUGGUUGGUUGGAUUCUAUCCACACAAGGUUUUGCUUUGUAGGUUUUAGAGAUGCACAGUUAGAAGCUAUGGAUGAUACAAAAACAGUCACUGCUCAGAUGAGCUCCAGUAACUUUGUUUGUCUGUAUGAAGUCCAUAAACUGAGUUCAUUGGAAGGUUUGACAUCUGUCAUCAUGGUUCAAACUAGAGUCCUGCUGGGAAGGAAUCACCUCAGGACCAGCUCUGACUGGAGGAAUGACGACACCCUGAACCUGUUCCUCACUCACACUGUAAAUAGCACGUGAUGUAGACUCACACCUAAAGCACAGGAGUCACUCAAUCCUCCAAAAGGAGAAUGUAAAUGUUCGUGUAUAAGUUGUUAGUAAAUGUUUGUUUCUUUUCUACUCUACAACCUGUGUUCAAGGGCUAAUCUGUAGACGUUUGGGCACCUCCUGCAUUAGUUCCACAGUGGUUGUAGAACCUUUAUUCUCUUACUGUAAAGCAGGAACUCGUGGGAGAGGACGAAGAUAACGUGGUUUAACUGCUGCUGCUGUAAAUUACUGCACUUUCUUGUCAUUUCUGACGUGACGUCGAAUGUUCUGUGCCUUUUGUUCCUGCGCUCGCUGUCUGUGCCGUGUUGUGAAAGCAAGUCUGUGCGCGUUGAUAUGAAGAGUGACAUUACAGCUCAAAGGCACAAAUAUACUUUGCUCAGCAUGAACUGCAACAUGUUGAAUGUGAUCUGAUUUGAUUAGCGCUUGGAUACUGUUGUUUGGUUGUUAUUCUUUAUUUCAAAGGGACACAUUUUGAAAAAAUUCCUGUUUUAAUGAUGAGAAAAGGUCGACACAGUGGUCACUGCAGAGAAUAAACUGAAUCAAAAUGACUGUAA